AUGUUCAGGCCGACUGCUCCUCUGUCUGGGGGACUGCUAUGGAAAAUCCCAUGGCGGCUUUCCGCACCUCAAAAGGCGCGUCAACGAAAACGAUUGCGGCUGGUCGACAAAAUUGUCGAUACUGUCAGUACAGCGCUACAAAACAACGGUGGGGUGACUGCGAAGGCCGUGGAGAGAUGGUAUCGGGAAAUGCCACGAGAAGAAGAGAUGCUUCCAAAGGAUAAAUAUACCAUCUUCGACCGCAAGGAGAAGAAGUACAGGAAGGGCAUUCACAAGCUCCCCAAGUGGACAAGAGUGAGCCAGAGAGUGAACCCACCUGGAUUUUAG